GCAGUCUUACGACAGCAAAAUAGUUGAAUGUGUCGUUGGAUGUUGAGUUAUGUAUACAUUUCAAUGUAUUUAUCUUGUGGUAGACAUUUACCCCAAUGAUAUGUGGAAUUCUGUCUACAAAACUACUAAAUUGAAAUCUGUGACUUUAUGGUGACAGGCGGAUCCAAGAUUUUUGCUUACUUAUUUUUGGUCACUUUCUGCCUUUCUCUGAGUGUAUACUUUACACAAAGUAUUCGACCAAGUGACUAAGGUAAGAGUUUUGCUUACAAAAUCAUCUGUCGUGACCAAAUAUUUGCAUAAUUUAACCUUAUGUCAAAAAAAGUAAACAUACAACGAUAUAUUUCUCUUAAACAAAACUGGUUGCUUGAAAUGCGAUCCAUGAAAUAGUGUAAAAGUUAGUACAAAACCGGGAGCAAUCGAACAAUUUCAUAUACCGGUAUAAAGACAUCCCUGAUUUUUGACUGUCAUGCAAUUUCCUAUUUAACAAGAGGUACCGCUAAGUGUUUUUAAAUUUAUGACAAAAACAUGCAUGUUUCAGUCUGCUUUCAAACCAAGCCAAUAUUGUGCGUUAGUAAUGAAUGAAUUAUUAUUGUUAGAUAACAUAAUAAGAAAUUUCUGAGCAGAAUAAAUUUUAGAUGAUUGAUUUUUACAUAUAAUAUUAAAAGGAAAUUUACCCGAACAUUUCAAGUAUAAAAAAGUAAAAAAAGUACUAUUUUCUGUUUUUGAAAUUAAGUAAUGUAAUUCGUAUUUUACAAAAAACAACUGCUUACAACAGUCCUAUCCUGCACAAUCGUUUUAAAAUUAAAACAUGAAAAUCGAAGAAUAUUUGAGUUUUUAUUAAUCCCAAUAUAAAUAAAUUAAUUAAUAUUAAUUUAUAUAGGAUUUCAUAGAUGAAUUAUGAAAUAAACAUUUAUGUUGCUUUUUUUUUCAAUUACGCUGUCAUUAUGAAAAUAAGUUAUUAUUUAUAUAAAAUACAAAAUAAUAACCUUUAUGUGACAUGUAUUAUUCAUAUCCAAUAUCUGUCAUUUUAUUGAUUGCGUUAUGUGACAAGUUUUAAUUAUGCAUGUACCUAGUUCUGUGUAACCCGGCUACGUGCAGGUACCUAACUUUACCCAAACCACAGUUUGGAAAUUUUUAGCCAAUCAGCGUGGCUCAUCAUCUUGUGUGAUCAUUUUGAUUCAUUUUAUCGAAAGGAGAAGCCACGCAAAAAUUUUAAAGAAAAUUACCCUCCAUCCAACCCCAGAACUACCUCCCCAGUUUUCAAUUAUUUUCACCUGCCUGGUCUGUAUUUUUUAGAUAACCCACCUUUUUUGUGGACAUGCAGGCAGGUUGUGUUUUGGUUUUGAGAAGUUUAUUUUCAUGUAAUUUUAGGUUAUGUUUGUUGGGGGUCAGAUUGCAUAAUACUUAUUGAAGAUAAAGCUUUGUUUGUCAAUUUUUCUAAUCCUUUCUGACCCCCAUUAUUUGUACAAGUUUCAUAUUCGUCAUUUUAUGAAUAAAUGACAUUUUUUCAAUUCAUACUGUGUUACUGGUUCUGCCUGUCUGGUCAAAAAACAAGCUUAGUCAACUUGGCAAGAUAUUUAUUAAACCAACGGAACAUAAAUAUAGAUGUACUUAUAUGCCUAUGUAAUUCAGUAUUGGCUUUCCAUAUUUGUAGUUGAAGUGUUGAUUAUGAAAACUUCGGAAGAUAAAUUACGUGCACUUAUUUUUAGUUACUAACUUGUUUAAACAGAAAUUAAGUGUCUGGAGAUUUUAAAGUUCUCUUUUAUAUAAUUUAUUGUACUGUCAGUGUUGUGGACCAGAAAUUAGAAAACACUAUAGUUUUUAUUUCAAUAAUACGCGUGCGCUUUGAGGAGUCAUUUCAAAAUCAUAUGUGAAACCAAAACUAGUCAACAUUUUCUCACAAUGAAGACACUGAAUGCAGAUGUUGUUGACUCAAAGGCGAUCUUCAAUGUAUUACACUCACGGGUAGAAAAUUCACCAAUUUAUCCUACUUUUAAACGUGUUUUGUACAACCUAUGUCUGAUACAGACUAGUCAGUCUGACAGUGGCCAAAUUUGGUACUCCAUAGAAAAAAUUGUACAGGAAGUUACAAAAGCAGAAUGCAAUGAAGAUCCACAAUCUCUUGUUGGAGAAACCCACCCACUUCCUAUCCAUACUCUGGAGAGCAAGGAGACUCAGACAAGUUGGGAUACCACCACCUCUCCAAAUCUUUGUAGUGAAGGCGAUGAAAAUACACUGAGGGAUGCACUGAAUGAAAACUCGGAAUCUGGUGGCGUAAUGACAGAACAAACUCCAGCACCCCCUCUGCCACCUCCACCCCCUCCACCUUCUGCGCCACCUUGUGUCCCUGAAACGCGUCUUGCACCUCCAAUACCUAUACCAGAACCAAAGUGCAAACUUAAACACAUUAUGUGGAAUAAAAUAGCAAACGUUCCUUCCGAAAGUAAGUACUUGGUUUUCAUUCCAAUGCGUUUUACCUUUUAUUAGUAUAAGUGUUUUCUAUAUGAGCAUGAUAACCUAGUCAUGUUUAAACCAAUAUUUAGGCGAUCAGAAAGGUUUUGGCGGCGACUUAAAAGUUUUGUAAGUCGCUCGAUUGCUACGUUACUAAUGAACCUCGAUCGCUAAUUUCGACAAAAAUAUUAGAUCAAAAAGAUCAGAAUGAGUCAGAAUGAUGCGCUGACGGCUUUCAGACA